UGAUUCUGGACUUAACUUUUGAUGUAUCACUCCAAGUUCAAGUGAUAUCCACAUCCCUUAGGUUGAUCCAUUAUCAAUAACAUCCGGCUUCAUUAAUAGACAGCACCUUGACGACUAGGUAUUUUCCAUUUUUACAUUUCAAAACCCCCUACCAUGGACAGCAGAUCUUUGCACUCUCGCCUGCGUGAACUUGUUAAGUUCCUCGGCACGGUCAAGGGCGACCUGGCCAACGUAACCGGCCCGCCGUCGCUGCUGGCACCCUGCUCCGUCGUCGAAGUAGGCCACUGCUGGGCGGAACGGCCCGCGGUCUUCGCGGCCCCGGCCCUCGAGCCCAGCCCGGAAAAGCGCGCCCUCCUCGUGCUCCGCUGGUUCCUAAUGGCACUGCGCAGCCAGCUCUACAUCGGCGUGGACCAUUACCCGACCCCUACUACUAGUACUAGUACUACCUCUACCGACGGCACCACAACCUCAUCAUCAUCGCCGCCCAGCCAAACCAAAUCCAUCCGCAAACCGCUCAACGCCUUCCUAGGCGAGCUCUUCCUCGCGCGGUGGGCCGACGCGGAGCGCAAGUGCACGAUCGACCUGGUGGCCGAGCAGGUGUCGCACCACCCGCCCAUCACGGCCAUGCACGUGGCCGACCGGGCGCACGGCGUGCGCGCCGACGGCUACGCCCGCGUCGAGAUGACCUUCAACGGCAGCGUCAACAUCCGCCAGGUCGGGCACGCCACGCUGCAUGUCGACAGGUACGACGAGGACCAUCUCGUGCCGCUCCCCGACGUGAAAGUGCGCGGGUUCUUGUCGGGUUGUCUGUACCCCGAGAUCGCGGGCACGUAUCAGCUUGUUUCGAGCGCCGGGUUUGUCACCGAGUGCCGGUUCUGGGGGGAAGGGCUGAUUCGCGGGAAGCGGAACUCGUUCGAGGCAAGGGUGUAUCGUCGGGAGGAUAAGAGGAGGAAGGAGCCGCUGUUUGAGGUUGCCGGGUGUUGGAGCGAGGGGUGGACGGUGCGGGAUUGCAGCAGUGACGAGGUGCUGGAGGUCGUGGACCUGGAUGCGCCCGAGAACGAGCCCGUGCCGAUGGACAUUGCGCCGCUGGAGGCGCAGGACCCGUGGGAGUCGCGGCGGGCGUGGGCCGGCGUGCUGCAUGGCCUGCGGGUUGGGGACAUGAGGACAGUGGUGGCCGAGAAGACCAAGGUCGAGCAGGCGCAGCGGCAGAUGAGGGCAAGCGAGGCAAGGCGCGGGGUGGCGUGGGAGCCGCUGCUGUUUCGGUCCGUGCCGGGAGAGAGCCAUGAGGUGUUCCACCGGCUGUCCGAGGGCAUGGGAUGGCAGCUGCAUCACGACAGGACCAAGGGCGUGUGGAAGAUCAAUGACGGGCGGGUGAAGACCUUGGAACGGCCGUUCCGAGCGGGCGCUACACCGUUCGGGUACUGAUGGAUGGCGGGAUUGUUGGCAUGCUCUCUUUACAAGUAUACAUAGCGUUGGCGUUGUGGCACAUGGUUUGAUCCUAUAACGGUAUUUUGGAUCUGCAUGUUUGG